CCCCGCCCCCCGCGCCCGCUUCCAAGAUGGCGACAGCGAUGCUUGCCCGGCUGCCGGGGUGGCGGUGACGACGGGCAGCAAAAGACCAGGUAUGUGGGCCAGGGAUGAUGCAGAGAGAGGCCCGGAAGAAAGGUUCGGGCGGUCGGAAGGGCGAGAAGUUUGGGUAACGCCUGGAGACAAGCUUGAGCAGUGACGGGGUCCCAGGUGGAAGUAGGGACGGGGGCCGGGCGGGCUCAUAUUGCAAGGUAGGGCAAACGCAAGAAGAGAUUGGGACGGAAUGGGCGUGCUUCGAAAGAACUGGGUUUUAACCUCCUGCACAGCGUACCAGGACCACACCCCUCCAGCUGGUCCCAGAUUCGCUGCUGGAGUGCUGGAUUGAACUUUUCUCUGUCCUAUGUGACAUUUCCAAUUUUAGAUAAUGCCUCACAUCUCUGUCCCCCCGGGACCCCCUGAAGCCCCCAUGAUCCCGAAGAAGACAGCUUGAGCCUAGAACCCCCCUCUCUCCCUCCCCAGACCUCACCCCAGGAUGUUGCGGAGGCUGCUGGAGCGGCCCUGCACGUUGGCCCUGCUUGUGGGCUCCCAGCUGGCUGUCAUGAUGUAUCUGUCACUGGGGGGCUUCCGAAGCCUCAGUGCCCUAUUUGGCCGAGAUCAGGGGCCGACAUUUGACUAUUCUCAUCCCCGUGAUGUCUACAGUAACCUCAGUCAUCUGCCUGGGGCCCCUGUUGCCCCAGGGGGUCCUCCAGCUCCUCAAGGUCUGCCUUACUGUCCAGAAAGAUCUCCUCUCUUAGUGGGUCCUGUGUCAGUAUCCUUUAGCCCAGUGCCAUCACUGGCAGAGAUUGUGGAGAGGAAUCCCCGGGUGGAACCAGGGGGCCGAUACCGCCCUGCAGGAUGUGAGCCACGCUCUCGAACAGCCAUCAUUGUGCCCCAUCGUGCCCGGGAGCACCACCUGCGCUUGCUGCUCUACCACCUGCACCCCUUCUUACAGCGCCAGCAGCUUGCUUAUGGCAUCUAUGUCAUCCACCAGGCUGGAAAUGGAACAUUUAACAGGGCAAAGCUGCUGAAUGUAGGGGUGCGGGAGGCUCUGCGUGAUGAAGAGUGGGACUGCCUGUUCUUGCAUGAUGUGGACCUCUUGCCAGAAAAUGACCACAAUCUGUAUGUGUGUGACCCUCGGGGACCCCGCCACGUUGCUGUUGCCAUGAACAAGUUUGGAUACAGCCUCCCGUACCCCCAGUACUUUGGAGGGGUCUCAGCGCUCACUCCUGACCAGUACCUGAAGAUGAAUGGCUUCCCCAAUGAAUACUGGGGCUGGGGUGGUGAGGAUGACGACAUUGCUACCAGGGUGCGCCUGGCUGGGAUGAAGAUCUCUCGCCCCCCCACAUCUGUGGGACACUACAAGAUGGUGAAACACCGAGGAGAUAAGGGCAAUGAGGAAAAUCCCCACAGGCCUUCCGUCAAGAGAUGCUGCAGCGGCGGCCCCCAGCCAGGCCUGGCCCUCCACCUACUGCCAACCACACAGCCCUCCGUGGUUCACGCUGACUCCUCCUUCCUGCCCACCUUAAUCAUGAAACUGAAUUUGAGGGGUUGUAUUGUCCCCACUCCCCAGCUCCUCACUGCUCUUAGAGGGAUGUGGGGGGAACUGAACUCUAGUGCUAUACUGGGGGGGCAGGGGCCUCUCCUCACUGCUGGACUGGAGCUGGGCUCCUCUAGACCUGGGGGGUCCCUCUUUCUAGGGUCUCCUGCAGGGCUUAUGACUGUGAAUCCUUGAUGUCAUGAUUUUAUGUGACGGGCUGGACCCCAAGCCCCUUCUUCUUCCAUGGAGAGAAGAGUGAUCUGACUUCUCCUGGGAAGUUGUUUGGUGAAGGAAGCCCCUCCCUGGGUACUUUCUGCCAGUGCUGGAGUAGCUCCCUCUCUGGUCCUGGCUCAGGGGGGUAGGAUUUUGAUAUAUUUUCUAAUAAAGGACUUUGUCGUCUUG